ACAACCCUGCUUGUCUGCGUGAGUGUAACGAUGUAGAUCUUCACACUAGACUAUUUUACCAGAUCUGCGACUUUCUGGUGUUAUUGUCCAAAUGCAAUGCCAGGUAUGUCGUACUCAAAUUCACUUGUUUCCAUUUUCAGACUUAGUCGCUUAUGUCUAUGCCUAUGCCAUGUUCAAACAGGGUCGUCAAUCUUUCAGCUCAAGCCAGAUCGUUUUCUUCAAAUCUAGACCUUUCCAAGGAAUUUGCCCCUGCAAUGGUCCUUGAUACUCUUGGUAAAGAUUUGUCUUGCCAAGUAACUACGAUCAUUGCCGACGCCCAGGACGCUGCUGACAAGUUGGACAUCUUGGGUAAAAUGUCGCUUGUAGGCAGAUCACCAGAAUCUGAUUCAGCUGGGUCUUUCGCACUUGCACAGGCCUUUUACCAUGCUGGUGCUCUCGCGCUCUCCCGUUUAUUCGCCUAUCCUGGCUGGUCUUACCUGGCCCCGUGCCCACGAUUCAAGCCGCCGGCGUGCCUGGACCAAUCGAAUACCGGUCUCCAUGCGAUCGCAGUUCUGGAAGCAGUCGAAUCUCGGUUGCCUUUUGUUGGACUUGAAGCAAUUGCGUUCCCGCCACUACUGCUCGCUGUUGCGCUCGAGGUCCGGGCUCCUGACCAGCGGUCACGUGUGGAGGCAGCGUUUGAGCUGAUUUUAGAAAAGGGGUUUGUCGUAGCAAAGACAUAUCUGUCUGAUGCUAAGAAGAUGUGGAUGGUGGUACCUCCUUUGCUGCGGCAAAUUCCAUGAACAGCUUAUUGAUCAUUCCGUGGUAUUCCUUGGACGGCGGGCGAAGCCGCUAAAUUCAUAAAAGCAUUUGCAGCGUUGCAAUAAUGCCUCACUGAAGAGCUCAGUCUGGCAAACCCGCAAGUUGACUCAACUCCGGUAGCCUCUCGUCUUACAAAUACCUGUACUGCAGUACUCACAUUCCUGUGGGUAGGAUCAUAGUAUAUAGAAAGAUGGCACAUACUAGGUCACUUUGAUGCUGAAAAUCCAAAGGCGGUAGCGAAACAAGUAGAAUCAUUCAUGUAUUUCGCAUAUUUAUCGAUUAAAUAUACAUUUCAUUGUAUAAAGA